GUCUUGGCUCUUAACACUGUGUGUCUAUCGGUUGCUUUAUGAAUUGUUUAUUGUAUGUGCAAGACCAAGACCUAAACACAAAUAAACAUGGAUAGUUCAAUACUUCAUUUAUAAGUGAUCUACAUAUUCUAUAAGUAUCAUCUAUUUGCCCCAUCCCAUCCUGUACUGAUCUAAAAGCAUCCGCCAUGUCUCCAAAUUCUCUUCUCUUAAUCUUUUUCCUCCAAACAUAUUUCUUUCAUUACUCUCUUUCCCAAAAAUGUCCUCUGCCUCCAAGAUGUCCUUCAAUCUCACCACCAGCUCGUCCUCGUCCUUUCCCUCGCGUCCGCCCCAGGCCACCACUUUACCCUCCCUCAACGCAUCUCAUGCCCAAACAGCCAAACAACAAUCCUGGACCCCUUGCUAAUAGGGCCAGAAUUUUAUUCAUCACCCAGGAACUUAAAAGAAACAUCACAUCAGACCCUAGAAACUACACUGGGACUUGGGUUGGCAAUAAUUAUUGCCUGUUUAGAGGUUACUUUUGCGACACUGUUCCUGAUAGGAAUAUUACAGGACUUGCUGCUAUUGAUUUCAAUGGUGCUAGAUUUGGCGGUAACUUAAAUUUCUAUCGUUUUAUUAUGAAUUUGCCUGACAUUGCUAUUUUUCAUGCAAAUACUAACAACUUUAGCGGCCCCAUAAAUCAAAAUUUAAAUCAAUUGCGUUUUUUCUAUGAGCUUGAUUUGAGUAACAACAAAUUCCUGGGAGGAUUCCCGACCAACGUUCUCGCAGUACAGAAAUUACAAUUUGUGGAUAUUCGGUUCAACGGUUACCUGGGUCCAGUUCCGGCUCAGGCAUUCAAUAUUGACACUGACGUUCUCUUCAUAAACAAUAAUCAGUUCAACAGAACAAUCCCCGCCAACUUCGGCAACACUCCAGCUCUUUAUCUCACAGUAGCCAAUAACAAGCUGACAGGUCCGAUUCCAAGAAGUAUAGGCCGAGCCUGGAAUACACUAACUGAAGCUCUCUUUUUAGGAAACAGGCUGACGGGUUGUCUUCCUUUCGAAAUCGGAUACUUGCAGAAGGCUACAGUUUUGGAUUUCGGAACCAACUUGUUAACUGGUCCGAUCCCACAAUCUUUUGGGUGCUUAGCGAAAUUGCAAAUCCUUAACCUGGCUCAUAAUAUGUUUUAUGGACCAAUACCGGAGGUUUUGUGCAGGUUACCAAAUGCUUUUAAUUUUACACUGACUUACAAUUAUUUUACACAAGUAGGACCACAAUGCAGGAGGCUGAUAAGAGCCAGGAGACUUAAUGUGAAUAGAAAUUGCAUAUUUGGGCUUACUGGACAAAGACCUGCAGCAGAAUGUGCGCGAUUCUUUGCAAGGCCAAGGACAUGUGCUCGUGAGAGUAGUUUUUCUUUAAUUCCCUGUUCUCUUCCUGCUUCUUCCAUGAAAAUUGCUUCUCCUCCCACAGAGGACGAAGUUCCUGGACCACAGUCUUAUAAAGCUCUAAACAAGCCUCCACAUUAAUCAAUGGUGUGUUUAGCAUGGUGAACUUCAUGUUGUUCUCAAAUAAAGAGAUCCUCAUAGUAUAGUUACUAUGUUAUGUUACAUUAUUUCUAUAUUUUGUAUGAUGUGCAAGAGAACUGUAUGUUCUCUCCAUUUUGUUUCAUAAAUUUUCUGUGUCAUUUCAAUUACCGUGAUCUUGAGUUAAGAGUAAGACAUUGAUGGGUUUGUUGAGUUAGAAAAUAAAGGCUGUUUUGCUCCGAAA